AUGAGUACUCGCUAAGCAAAUUUUUAUAAAAAAGGCUAGUAAUAUAGUUUAAGAAUAAAUUAGAAAAGUGACAUUAAUAUUGAUUGAAGGCAAUCCAGAUAUGGAUGAUUCAUAAAUUAAACUCUCUAUCCAAAAAUAACCAGAAAAAUUCAGAGAGGAUUGCUUAAAUCAAUAAUAAGAAUUAGAUAAGAAUAACAUAUUUCCAAAGAAGACUAAGUUCUACUUAAGUCUAAAGAUAGUAGAUCAUUCUAAAAUGAGUAAAGCCUAAUAUAAAAAUAGGAGUCUGCAGAUAAUUAAUCUGACAAAUAAUACAGCCCUACUUCAAAACUUAAACAUUUUGAGGAUUAUGGUCCCAUCACCAAAUAUGAUCUCCAAGAAAAACACUAAAAAAUUCUGAUUUUUUUUUUAAAUAAAAGGAAAAUUUUGACUAUAAUUAAAAAGUGUAAAAAGCAGAAUAAGAUAAUACAGUAAAUCUAUUACUCUGAUAAUUCAAAAAAGCAUUUUACAUAAUGGCUUUAAAUGUACAAUAAAAUUAGUGAUGUAACAGUAUAUUAAAUUAGUAGCAAAGCGCUUAUGGCCAAAGAAUUAAAGAUGGCUAGAUGGUUCAAUUUAUAAAGGAUGAUGGUAAAUGUUAUAUAAAUGGAAAAUUGAUACAUUCAGAUGGUCAUGCUUAUGAGAGAGAAUGGCUUGAUGAAGAGCUUAAUUUUUAUAGCCAAAAGGAAAGAGAAUGA